UCCGAGGUCCCGCUUGUACUCAGCCAGCCAGCAGCGGCGGAGGUCGGGCCGGAGUGCGAUCGCUGUCCGGAGCGCAUAGAUGUGCAGAACCCCUGGAAUAACCGAGUGCUGGAGAGGCCGGAACCGAGCACCGUGGAGCACCGCGUUCUAGCCGCCGAAAGGGAACGAGCCACGGCCACAGCAUGGCGGUGGAAGAGGAAGGUCUCCGGGUUUUCCAGAGCGUUAAAAUAAAAAUAGGAGAAGCAAAAAACCUCCCUCCUUACCCGGGGCCCAACAGGAUGAGGGACUGCUACUGCACCGUCAACCUGGACCAAGAGGAGGUGUUCAGGACCAAGAUUGUGGAGAAGUCACUCUGUCCGUUCUACGGGGAGGAUUUCUACUGUGAGAUCCCACGAAGCUUCAGACACCUCUCCUUCUACAUCUUCGACAGGGACGUGUUCAGGAGGGACUCCAGCAUCGGCAAGGUUGCAGUGAAGAAAGAGGACCUGCAGAAAUAUCACGGCAAAGACACCUGGUUCCAGCUACAACCUGUCAGCGCUGACUCAGAGGUGCAGGGAAAAGUGCACCUGGAGCUACGUCUGAGUGAAGUCAUCACCGACAGCGGAGUCAUCAGCCAUAAACUAGCCACACGAGUGUUGGAGUGCCAAGGUCUUCCAAUAGUCAAUGGCCAAUGUGAUCCCUACGCUGCUGUUUCCUUACUCGGACCCUCAAGGUCAGAUGCCAAAAAGACCAAGGUGAAGAGGAAAACCAACAAUCCACAGUAUGACGAGGUUUUCUAUUUUGAGGUAACACGACCAUUAAGUUACACGAAGCGACAUUUUGAUGUCGAAGAAGAGGACGUUGACAAACUGGCCCUGAGGGUGGAUCUGUGGAACGCCAGCAACCUGAAGUUCGGGGAUGAGUUCCUGGGAGGCGUGCGGGUUCCUCUGCGAGUCCUGGGUCAGGUCGGGGUUCAUGACGCAUGGUACUUUCUCCAGCCGAGGGAGAACGGAGGGAAGACAGUGAAGGUGGAGGAGCUCGGCUCUCUGCGUCUGAACAUCGUUUACACCGAGGACCACGUCUUCCCGUCUGAACAUUACACUCCUCUCAGAGAUCUGCUGCUGUACUCUGCUAUGGUCCAGCCCGUGUCAGCGUCCACCGCUCACACUCUGGGGGAGGUGUGUCGAGAAAAGCAAGAAGCCGCCAUCCCCCUCGUGCGUCUCUUUCUUCAUUACGGCAAGAUCGUGCCUUUCAUCAGCGCCAUCGCUCACGCUGAAGUCAACCGGACACAGGAUCCAAACACCAUUUUCCGGGGAAACUCGCUGACUUCUAAGUGCAUCGAUGAGACCAUGAAGCUGGCAGGAAUGCACUAUCUGCAGGUCACACUUAAACCCAUCAUAGAUGAGAUCUGCGCUGAACACAAACCCUGUGAAAUCGACCCGGUGAAGCUCAAAGAGUCGGAGAACCUGGACACCAACAGGGAAAACCUUCGUCAGUAUGUCGACCGCAUCUUCAACGUCAUCACCACCUCUGGCGUUCGCUGUCCCACCGUCAUGUGCGACAUCUUCUUCUCUCUGAGAGAGUCCGCUGCCACUCGUUUCCAAGUCGACCAGGAUGUACGAUACACAGCAGUGAGCAGUUUCAUUUUCCUGCGUUUCUUUGCUCCAGCCAUCCUCUCCCCCAACUUGUUCCAUCUACGGCCGCACCAUCCAGAUACCUCCACCUCACGAACCCUGACCCUCAUCUCCAAGACGAUCCAGACCCUGGGAAGUCUCGCAAAGUCUAAAUCUGCCAACUUCAAAGAGUCUUACAUGGCUGCGUUUUACGACUACUUCAACGAGCAGAAAUAUGCGGACUCUGUGAAGAAUUUCCUGGACCUGAUCUCCACCUCUGGCAAAUGGGAUCAGAAGAGCAUUGAAACACCCAUCAUGCUCAAAGAGGGAUUUAUGAUAAAGCGAGCACAGGGGAGAAACAGGUUUGGGAUGAAGAACUUCAAAAAGAGAUGGUUUCGCCUCACGAACCACGAGUUCACCUACCACAAGACGAAAGGUGAGUGCGCUCUGUGCAGCAUUCCCAUAGAAAACAUCCUGGCGGUAGAGCGGCUGGAGGAGGAGUCUUUCAAAAUGAAAAAUAUGUUCCAGGUCAUUCAGCCAGAGCGAGCCCUCUACAUCCAGGCCAACAACUGUGUGGAGGCGCGCGACUGGAUCGACAUCCUGACUAAAGUCAGCCAGUGCAACCGCAAGCGCCUGAGCACCUACCAUCCCUCAGCCUACCUCAACGGCCACUGGCUCUGCUGCAAGGUCUCAGCGGACACAGCCCCGGGAUGUACGCCAUGCACCGGCGGCCUCCCGGCAAACAUUCAGCUGGACGUGGACGGAGACAGAGAGACUGAGAGGAUUUACUCCCUGUUCAGCACGUACAUGACCAAACUGAUCAAGAUGCAAGAGGCCUGUGGCAGCAAGUCAGUGUACGACGGGCCCGAACAGGAGGAGUACUCCAGCUUUGUCAUCGACUGCCCGCAGGAGACAUACAAAACCCUGAAGCUGAUCGUCUCAGCCGUGCAGACUUUGGAGCAGCAGCACACCAAGUACAAACGGGACAAGUUCAAGAAGACAAAGAUCGGCAGCCAAGAGCACCCGAUUGGAGACAAGAGUUUUCAGUGCUACAUCCGCCAGCAGUCUGAGAGCUCCACCUACUCCAUCUAGCCAUGAUGCCAAGAACCAGCAUAUUUUUCACUUCUGCAAAAAAAAAAAUCCAUCUGAACACUGCUCUGGGUCUAGCAUUGAGUUUUAAAUCUUUAUGUUUUACUAAAGAAGAAGGUGAGAUCAUUUAUCUCAUAUUGUUAUCCGUAAAUUAAUAUUUCUCUCUUUUUUUUAAAUGACGUUUCCAGAAGUAGACAAUGAGCGGGAUCGGAGACUUUGAGAAAAUAAGAGUUUUAAAACCCACUGGCAGACUGAAUGAGCUGUGUAGAUGGAAACAAAAUUCUGCAGGACCUCGUGGUGCAUCACACCAGGUUCGGAGAAACAGACCUCAGAUCAGUAAGGACAGAAAGAGAGGAACAGGCGUGGAUGCGUCUGACGAAGAUAAUCACACCACGAGUCUGUUUGAGUCUCCUUUCCCUGAUGUGACGAGAGAACAAACAAACGUUUUCACUGGACAGUUCUGACAGUGAGCGACACGCACUUUAAUCGUCUCCAGAUCUGUGGAUGAACAAGCCUCGCAGCACACUUUCAAUUUUAUCUGUUUGAUUUGUUUUUAAAGUUUGUUUGAAAUGUUCCGUUGUAUUUCACGUCUGACAGACCAAACUCUAGAAGGAAAGGACCGUGUUUUGAACCCUCUGUGGGUUUUUUGUUGUUGUUUUCGUUAUGUUUUGUCCCCAACCUCCUCAGGAAGGCUGCGAAGGUCGAGAGAACACAAGAAGGGAUUAUCAGAACCAAGCACGGCCCGAAAACAGCUUGACGUUUGCCAUGAGAAAAUCACUCCACGGGCAGUUUUACCCCCCAUUUAAAAAAAAAAAACCCUUAUCAUCAACGUUCUAACGGGUGCACAGGUUGAAGAGUUCACGUUUGGAGUCUUGUUCUGUUGUGGUUACACUCUUAGUUGUGCCCUGUGUAACCAGUACCUGGCUUAAACAAAUAGCUUGUAUAUUUAAGUUAAAGUUUUUUAUUUCUGCCUACACGGAGUCUGACAAACUCACAGAUGUCUUUUUCUAUCUCUGUAUGCUGAUUGAAGCGUGUUAAGAAGUCUGCGAAUGUUAAGGUGCAACUUCUCUUUUGAGUAAAGAUAGAUAUCGUGGAUGGAAGAUGAUUUCAUCUCCAUCUUUGAAUGAAGACAUUAGAUCAUAUCCAAGUUCAAAAAAGAUUUUAAAGUGUUUUGGGCCACUCCCACAGUUUGUGAAUUUGUGGCACAACUUUAUUUAGGAAAAUGUACCAUGUAACCAGAAUUUAAACUGAAAUAACAAUGUGUUCAUAAUAUACACCCAUUGGCUCUAUAUAUUCAUGUUGCAUACAACAGCUCUACAGCUAAUUCUGCCCUUAGAAUUUAUAUAUUGUUCCUGUUUCUGUCAGGAAUCUAUAAAUUCAACUAGAAUUACACAGGUAAAGUGCAAAUCUCUGCCAAGGCCAAACAAUCCCCUUUAUGAAACCACAUUUUAAUUGACGAGAUCCAGAUUUAUUUAUUUUUUGGGAUCUGCCCCAAAUUGCAUACACU